GCUACAGCCACCACUCCCGCCGCCACUCCCUGGUACGAGGUGGAGGCGGUGUGCAGCGAGGGGAAGGGACCCGUGGGUCGCGGCAUCUACCUGCGGGAGCCGCAUGAGAGCGCCAAGCCGCAGAGCUACAGGGUCACAGUCACGCCCAAGCUGCCGGAGCACGCCGCCAACUCGGACCGGCUGGGUGUGGAGGAGCGGCUGCUGUUGGAAAGCAGUGUCCCGUGGGUCACCUGCCCGCCCGCACUGCUGCUGCACCACGCGCCGCGAUCCUUCGAGGUGCUAAUCGACCCCACCCGGUUGUCCCCGGGUCUCCACACCGGGGAGGUGGUGGCGCUGCAGUUGUCAGCCCGCAGCCGGGGGCCGCUGUUCCGACUGCCCGUCACACUGGUCAAGCCGCUGCAGCUGCUGCCGGGGCCAGGGCUGCAGGGGGCAGAUGCGGGGGCGGCGCAUGCGGCGGUCGCUGUCGCUAGCGGCUACAGCUCUAGUGACAGCGGCAAGGAUGGUAACGGCAGUGGUGGUAAUGGGAAUGGGAAGGGUGCAGCGGUGGGUGGGAUGGUGUCGCUGGGGCCGCUUAGCUUGGCGCCGGGAGCAGAGUUCAGGAGCUUCCUGGCCGUGCCCCCCGGCGCCAGCUGGGCGGAGCUCACCCUGCGGUCCGCGCCCUACGACAACCCCAAGCUGCUGCUGCUGCGAGCCACGCAGCUGAGACCUGCCGCGUCGUACCGGCAGCACGAGAUGAGGACGCAGGUGACGCUGUCCGGCGGCAGCGAGUACCUGACCUCCUUCCCGGUGGUGGGCGGGGGCACCCUGGAGCUAACCCUGGCGCUGUUCUGGAGCGCGCAGGGGACCGCACACCUGCAGCAGCUGGAGAUCUGCUUCCACGGGGUGACGGUAGCGGCGGAGGGCGGGGCGGCUGGGGCCGGCGGCAGCGGGGGCGGCACGGAGCUGGCUCUGCAGGGGGCGGAGCUAGCCAAGAAGAUCAUGGUCAGCCUCCCCCCCUGGGCUGCCCCCACUCGGGUUCGCCCCGAGGCUCGCCUCACGCAGCUGCACAUCCCACUGAGGCCGGCGGAGGCGGUGCUGGAGCCGGCGACGGGGGAGAGAGACGCACUGCCCGAGGGUCGGGUGGUGUACCGGCUGCUGCUGAGCUACCGGACCAGCCUCAGCGAGCCGGGCAAGUACCGCCCAUGCAUGCCGCUGCUGGAAAAGCAGCUGUACGAGUCCCCCCUUGAGUCGCAGCUGCUGCAGCUGUACGACGCCUCCUCGCAGCAGCUGCUAGCCACCAUGGAUGCGGCGGACCCGCAGACGGUCACCCUGCCGCCGCAGGGUCGCAAGGGCCCCCUGGAGCUGCUCAUCCGUCUGAGUCUGCGAGCUGACGAGGGGGAGGUGCUGGAGCGGCUGCGGGGGCUGCCGCUGCUGCUGAUACGCAGUCUGGAGGCGGGAGGAGGAGGUGGCGGAGGGGGACUUGUCGUACCUGUGUACGGAAGCCGCCGGGACGCUAUCCUGGCUGCUACUACUACUACUGCUGGUGGUGGAGGAGGAGGAGGAGGAGGAAGUGGUGGUGGGAACAGCGAUUAUGAUACUGAUGGUGUGUGCGCUUUUUCCAGUGCGGACGAGGCUACGGGCGAUACGGGCGCUGCUGCUGGUGCUGCCGCCGCUGCUGCUGCAGCUGGCAGCCCCGUCGGGGAGAUGUUGCUGCGGGCGGGGGAGGUGGUGCCGCUGUUCGUGGGGCCGAUGGCAGAGGAGAAGCUGCCCAAGGACGCCACGCAGGGUCGGCUGCUGGUCGGGCAGCUGACCCUGGGGCAGCUGAGGCGCGGCGGGGGGGCGGCGCCGCACAGGCUGGCCCUGUCGUACCUGGUACCGCCGCCACCGGCUGCUGCUGCGGGGAACGGAGGGGGAGGCGGCGCUAGUAAGGACGGUGAUGCGGACAAGGAUAAGGCCCCCGAGAUCAAGCUAGCGGAGGCAGUUCGCGAUGCGCAGAUGCGGGUGCUCCGAGAUCUCAAACUCUCGGAUCCAGCACAGGCAGCCCUGUACGACAAACUGUACGGCGAGUUGCGCUCAUCGUACCCUGCCCAUCUGCCACUGCUGGUGGAGCACCUGAGGAAGCUGGACGGACGGGAGUCCUCCUCCCGCCGCACCCCGGCGGGUCUGGCUGCGGUGGUGGCUGCCGCGGAGGUGGUUGUACGGCAGGUGGACAGCGGCGCGCUGGCUGCGAGCCUGGGGGUGCGGGCGGGCGGGGAGGAGGGAGCGGAGGCUCGUCGGGCCCGGCGGGCUGCGGAGGAGCAGCGCGGUGCGCUGGUGGAGGCGCUGGGGCGGCAGGCGGCGGCACUGCUGGAUGCGGAGGAGGAGGAGACGAAGAAGCGGGAGGAGAUGGAAAAGGAGGGGGAGAAGGCCAAGGGGCAGGAGGCGGAGAAGGAGGUGCAGCUGGGCAGCGAGGGCGACGUCGCGACCGGCGCAGCAGAAGAUGGAGGCGUAAAGGGAGCGGCGGAGGAUGGCGGGGUGGCAGCGGCGGAGAAGGAGGAUGGCGGGGUGGCAGCGGCGGAGAAGGAGGAUGGCGGGGUGGCAGCGGCGGAGAAGGAGGAUGGCGGGGUGGCAGCGGCGGAGAAGGAGGAUGGCGGGGUGGCAGCGGCGGAGAAGGAGGAUGGCGGGGUGGCAGCGGCGGAGAAGGAGGAUGGCGGGGUGGCAGCGGCGGAGAAGGAGGAUGGCGGGGUGGCAGCGGCGGAGAAGGAGGAUGGCGUGACUGCCUGCAUGCGGGAGCUGCGCAAGUGGGUGGACACCGCCUCCGACCCCGCACACCUGCUGCUGCACGCGCGGGUGGAGGCACGAGCGCGCAGGUAUGCCACGGCGCUGAGGGCGCUGGACAGGCUGCUUGCCUCGGAUGACAAGUCCGUGGCGACUGGCGCGGGGCGUCGGGAGGUUUCGGAGCUCAGGUGCAGGCUGUUCGCGGCGUUGGGCUGGUCUCACAUUGAAGCACAGGAGAGGGAGUUGCAGGCGAUCCGCUUCCCCAAGUCGUUGGCGCUUCUGUGAUCCAUGCCGUACCAGAUGGGUGAUCCUCUAAUCUGGGCGGCACAGGCGUGCCGCAUGUGUAUUAUACCGGAGCCCGGAGUGCUUUCCUGUGUACUUUUAGAUUUGAUUCUUAAUCAAGCGAGGGAUCCGCGGUUCAGCGGCGAGCGGAAGAAAACGGUGGUGGCGGAAACUGGGUGACGAAACUGGAAGAGAGACCAACAGGACCCGGUGAUCAAGGGCUAGUUGCCCGCCUGUGGGCUGUCGCUUCGUGAGGGGGAAUGUAGAGAUCACCCUGUCCUAGUAUUAUCGGACGGACCGCAUUAUGGGUUGUGUGUGUGUGUUCCCUGCCUUCCUCUCGACAGUCUCGAGCGCACGUAACGGUGCAGUAAAGUACGCUUUUGGUAAGUAAGUCCCCUGGGUGCGUGGAAUUGUCACGGGGCUCAUGUACGCUUACUUGCUUGGUAUGGGUGGAGGGUGAGAAGCGGAGAGUGCAAGGGAUGCAGGAGAGGAGAAGAAACUGCU